CCCGCGACAUUUUCGCAACAUUAAACGUCAAAUUCCGGAGCCGUGCUCGGUGGGUGUUUGGAGCGGUUUGCUCUGGAGAGGGUAACAUCAUGGCGUCGGGAGCAGGAGAUUCGUCCUCUGGACACGAUGCAGAACUGGAUGAAUUAUUGGACAGUGCGCUGGAUGACUUUGACAAGACGUCAGCCCCUCCAGCCCCUGAACCCGCAGCUGCUUCCUCCUCAGCCAACGCUGGUGCAGAGAAGCCGCCUCUGCUUGAAGACUGCAAACUCUUUGAGACUCUCUUCGAGGGGGACAUGGCUGCCCAAGCCAAGGAGGAGUGGGAGAAGGCCAUGACUGAGUUGGCUCAGGAGGAGCCAGAAUUACUGCAGCACUUCCAGAAACUCUCAGAGGCUGCAGGCAAAGUUGGCACUGACACCGCCUCCCAACAAGAAUUCACCUCCUGCCUUAAAGAAACCCUUCGUGGCCUGGCUAAAAAUGCAGACAACCUGCAAUCCACAGGACUGGCUGGAGAUGACCUUGUCAAGGCUUUAGAAGGCCUGGGAUUGGAUGAGGGUGGUGAAGGAGGUGGUGAUGAUGCAAACAUCCUGCCCAUCAUGCAGUCCAUCAUGCAGAACCUUCUCUCUAAGGAAGUGCUUUAUCCGUCUCUCAAAGACAUCACUGUUAAGUACCCAGAGUGGCUGGACGCCAACAAGUCAAGCCUCAGCCCGGAGGACUACCAGCGCUACGAGGAGCAGGCCAAAAUCAUGGGAGAGAUCUGUGGGCAUUUCGAGAGGGAGGAGCAGGGGGCUGCAGAUAAGGAAAGCACGUUCGAGAGCAUCAUGGACCUCAUGCAAAAGCUGCAGGACCUCGGCCAACCACCCAAAGAGCUGGCAGGUGAUGCGCCUCCGGGCUUUAACAUUGACAUGGAGUCCCUCAAUCUCCCUGGAGGCCUGGGAAGCGGGGCGCCAGAGCAGUGCUCCAUCAUGUGAUGAGGUGACAGUGUGACCCAUCAGAAGCACCGGAGCCAGAGGGGGUCACUCUGGAUGCAUCAGCGACAGGCAGGCAGUGAAGGAGUGUGAAGUGAAGGUCAGGCAGCAGCGCGACCAGACCGUCAACACUGUUCUCCGUCGGGUAGAAGGUGUGUGGAAGCAGGAACAACAGGAGGAGGCACGAAAACCAACAGGAACAACACACACAAAACACACUCUCUUCUGUCGAAAAUCACCGAGUGCACAACUGAGAACAUUUUACCAUCUCUGCGUUAGUUUGUCAGCGGUUGCCGUAGCUCCUUCACGGUUUGACAGCAUUCCUUUAAAAGAAAACACCACUGCCGCUCUCAUUUUUGUUUUUACAGUGCUGUUUAGCCUCAUGGUGAAAUCAGUCAAACCGCUUCACGGGUAUAAACAGUGCCUUUGCAAGAUGAAUUUUAAGUUACUAGUUUUAUGUCUCAUCAUACGGUAAAGAUGUUGCAGCCUUUCAGCUAAGCACUUAAGAUGAUAGUUUUAAUGGUGUGAAUUUGCAUUAUCACCCCAAGUUUACAGGUUAAGUUAGUUGUGAUUCUUGGUACUUGACUAACCCCACACAUCUGUUUCUGUGCAGGCUGCACAGGAUUUAAGUGAACGAGUUAAUUGCCCAUUAACAUGUAAAGAAACUGGACUACUGUACAUUUAAUAACUUAAAGAAUUAAAAAAAAUAAAACUACCAAGGAUUUAACACUUCAUGAGACGUUCCCAACACCUACUGUAAUUCAGCCAUCUAAAUUAAUAGUGCUAACUCCCCCAAGUGUUGUCCCCCGUUCUCAGGUGUUGAUUUGAAGUGAUUGAGAUGUUGAUUCCCGGAUGCCUUUGCUGUGGUUUACGGUGAUCAUUAUAGUGUAAAGUUACUGUGCAAAGUGCUUCCCUUGUGAUUCCCAUUGUUUUUAAUGUGGUUUUCUCAGAGAGAAAAACACUUGUGCGAGCGAUAACGUGUACUUAAAUCCAAUACCCUCCAUUAAAAGUACAUCAUGGCCUUUCCAGAAAAAGUGAAAGGCAGAGUACUAAACAUCACAUGUCAUAGGAGGAGAGAAACACGCUUAUAAUUCAUGAGUAACACAUCAACGGCCUGAUGUUUGCACAUUUCGGCCCCGGGUGAUUGGUUCGUUCCAGAGGCCGCUUUUCACCGGCUGCUGUUGCCAGUGGACAAAUGUUUUAGUGCGGUGCCCGUAGAGAGAGGUCUAGAAACCACACGACCAUCAGCUCAUCAAUAACCGGACAGUAAAGGGGUGAUGUGAAAGGAUUCAGUCAGCCGUACAGCUGAGAGACCUGUGGUUUUCAUCAGGGGGAGGGGGUGUCAUCUAUUCAACUCUCAGGGCCGAUGCAAACGCGCCCGGAGCACUGAUUUAAAAAAAAAUAAAAUAAAAUGCAACCUGUUAUUUGACACUGUUUUGAUUUGUUUUGUAAAUAUGGUGUAUAAUAAAGUCACAAUAUACUGCA